AUGGCGCCUCCCUCUGUCAGGCAUCGCAGUCAUCGCUCCUGGCAGCCUUCGCCUGCCCUCACAUCCUGGACAAUCCAAGAAGAACCCUCAAAUCGGGUAUCAUGGACACCACCCCACGUGCAAACCAGGACGGCCCGGCCGAAACGGCUUCGAAAGAGCGAGUGCCGGGAGAUUCCUGGCCCUGACGGUCUGCCUAGCAUCCAAAUCCACGGCUCAGGAUGCCGUUGCGCGCAGGCCGGGAACAAUGAGCCGUCGAGGGAGCAGUCACAAGACAGCAUUCUCGCGGCCCAGAUCUCGGCUCUUACGAAGUCGGUGCUCUCAUCUCGAAUCGCCGAGUCCGUGCCUAGCCCAGCACGGCCAUCCCCCAAUAGACUUCGACGUUCUCGGUCAUUGUCAACAUCCCGACUACCCAACCUCUCACGAAUCUUUUCGCCAUCCCCAUCACCCCCCACAACCACCACUGCCCCAUCCCUAGCCCUCCAAGCCGACCUCUGCAUAGCCUGCACCUUCUUCGACAUCACCAAAGUAGCCCACUACCUCCUCCCCACCAUCCUCCCCUCCCUCAACCACGCCCACUCCCCUACGUCUACCUCUCCCACCUCCCUCGGAGCACCCCCGACACCCCCACCCGUCCACAUCAACGCCCCCAACCACAUCGGCAUCACCCCGCUAAUGGCCACCAUCCGUUCCCCGACCGCAGGCCCCCAAACGCCCCUCGCCCAGCUCGCCAUGGUGCGUUUCCUCGUCGAGGCCUGCGGGGCCGAUGUCAACGCCACACGUGUGGACCCAGCCACGGGUCGCGGGGAGAGUGUGCUCAGUAUGGCUGUUUUGGUCGGGGCCGUGGGGGUGGUGAGGUAUCUUGUUAGGGAGGCUGGGGUGGAUGUGAGGAGGGUGUUGCCCGAGGGGGGGAAGGGUAAGAGUACGAGUACCCCUGGAAGGAAUGGGUAUGGGUACAGUGGGUAUCGGUUUCGGCCUGGGAAGGGCCAGACGGCGUUGCAUGUGGCGGUGUUGGCUGAUCGGGCGGAGUGUGUCGAGGUGUUGGUGAGGGAGGGCGGAGCGGAUGUUGAUGGGGUCGUCGAGGGUGUUUUGGGAGAUGGGGAUGGGGAUGGUGUCGGUGGUGUUGGGGGGCUAAGGGGGUUCAAGGGUGGGAGGAAGGUGAGGAAUCCCGUGUCGGCGUUGCAUCUGGCUCAUGGGAAUUAUGCUUGUACCAGGGUGUUGCUGGAGUUGGGCGCUAGGGUGAACGUGCGGGAUGGAUAUGGUCGGACACCGUUGUAUUGGGCUGCGGAGGCUGGGUGUGCGGAGGUGGUACGGUUGUUGCUUGCUGCCGGGGCAGAUAUGAAUUUGGCUUCUUACGAAGAGGUCACGCCGUUAGGGGCAGUGGUUGCUGCGAUGGAGGUUACGGGGGAAACGAGAGGGCGUAUUGAUGUGAUGAGGUUACUCUUGCAGGGGGGUGUUACGAACAGGGGUUGA